UUUCACUCUCCUUCCUCCACCUCUCCCUUUCCAAAGAGGAAACAAACCCAAAAAAAAAGAAAAAACAAAAACAAUUGAUUCCAUUUAUACAACAAACUCUACUUCUCUUCAAUCUCCAUCCCCAUUCUCAAACCCUAGCAUUAUUAUUUCUCAAUUUCAUUCCCUUUCCUUUUCUUUCAGAGAAGAAAGAAAGUGAUGGCGGCAGCAGUUGCGGCACCAGCGGUUACGGCUCAACCAGCGGCAGUGGCUGCUACUGCAUUGGGAACGGCUGAAGCAGGGCAGUUUCCGAAUUCUUCGCUUUACGUUGGGGAUCUGGAGCAUAACGUUAACGAAGGACAACUGUUUGAUCUGUUUAGCCAGGUGGCGCAGGUUGUUUCCAUCAGGGUUUGUAGGGAUCAGGCUAGACGAGCCUCACUUGGUUAUGCUUAUGUCAAUUUCAGCAAUCCUCAAGAUGCUGCAAAUGCAAUGGAGCUUCUGAACUUCACCCCUUUGAAUGGGAAAGCUAUCAGAAUUAUGGUUUCCCAUCGUGAUCCUAGUAUGAGGAAGAGUGGACAUGCAAAUGUCUUUAUCAAGAACCUGGACACUUCAAUCGAUAACAAGGCAUUGCAGGAAACAUUUGCUUCCUUUGGGCCUGUCCUUUCCUGCAAGGUAGCUGUUGACAACAAUGGUCAAUCAAAAGGUUAUGGUUUUGUACAGUUUGAAAAUGAGGAAGCUGCUCAAAGCGCAAUCAACCGGUUGAACGGUAUGCUGAUAAAUGAUAAAGAAGUUUUUGUUGGACGUUUUGUUCGACACCAAGAAAGGAUUGAGGCCACUGGAUCACCAAAAUUUACAAAUGUUUAUGUUAAGAAUUUGUCGGAGACAACUUCUGAUGAGGACCUUAAGAAAUUCUUCAGCAAUUAUGGUUCCAUCACCAGUGCAAUUGUUAUGAAGGACCAAAGUGGGAAGUCCAAAGGUUUUGGUUUUGUGAACUUCCAGAGCCCAGAUUCUGCUGCUGCUGCUGUUGAGAAGUUGAACGGGACCACCUUCAAUGAUAAGGUUUGGUAUGUGGGGAGGGCCCAGAGGAAAGGAGAAAGGGAGGCAGAGUUGAAAGCCAGGUUUGAACAGGAAAGAAAUAGCAGAUAUGAGAAACUGAAGGCUGCGAACCUGUAUUUAAAAAAUCUUGAUGACAAAAUUGAUGAUGAAAAACUGAAGGAAUUAUUUUCUGAGUUUGGAUCUAUAACAUCAUGCAAGGUUAUGCUUGAUCAACAAGGACUGAGUAAGGGCUCUGGUUUUGUUGCCUUUUCUACACCUGAGGAAGCUUCAAGAGCUUUGAAUGGAAUGAAUGGAAAGAUGAUAGGAAAGAAACCCCUGUAUGUAGCCGUUGCCCAACGCAGAGAAGAGAGGAAGGCUCGGCUGCAGGCACAUUUUACUCAAAUUCAGGCACCUGGACUAUCACCUAUGCCUUCAGGGCUUUCUGGAUAUCAUCCUGGGGCACCCAGGCUUGCACCACAGCAGCUCUUUUUUGGCCAAGGAACUGCCGGCAUGAUGCCCCCUCAGCCUGCAGGCUAUGGUUUCCAGCAGCAACUUUUGCCUGGAAUGCGUGCUGGUGUUGGCCCAAACUUUGUUAUGCCAUAUCAGAUGCAAAGGCAAGGACAACAAGGGCAGAGGAUGGGUAUUCGGCGUGGAGGGAACCACCAACAGAUUCAGCAGCAACAGCAGCUAUUGCACCGAAAUACCAAUCAAGGCUUAAGAUACAUGGGAAAUGCAAGAAAUGGCAUAGAUUCAUCUGCAGCUCCCCAAGGUUUUGUUGGUCCAGUGGUGCCUUUUCCCUUUGAGGCAUCAGGGAUGCCUGUAACUCCUAGUGAUGCCCAGCGAACCGCUCCAGUUCCCAUCUCAGCUCUCACAACUGCUUUGGCGUCUGCUACACCAGAGAAGCGCAUGGUGAUGCUGGGUGAACAGCUCUAUCCCCUCGUGGAACGUCUCGAGCCAGAUCAUGUGGCAAAGGUGACUGGGAUGCUAUUGGAGAUGGAUCAAACCGAGGUGCUACAUCUUAUUGAAUCUCCCGAUGCUCUCAAGAAAAAGGUGGCUGAGGCAAUGCAAGUCCUUCAGGAAGUUGGUGCUUCUAGCGUUGGUGAUCAGCUUGGUUCAUUGGCACUCAAUGACUGAAGCGUGCCUUAUUUUUGUGGGUAAAUACAUAUUGGUGCUUCUGAGCCCAAUUUUUGUAGGGCUUGAUGACCGGUCGGCCAUUCUUGGAGUUUCUCUAAAACUAAUAUUCUAGGACCUUAUUUUGUUUAGUGGAUUGGUGGCUUGCCACCGAAAUUGAGUAGAUUUUUUUAUCUGGAUUCGAGGACAUGAAAAGGCUAGCGAUUUUUAGGAUUAUCAUGUUAUUUUAUGUUUCUCCGAACUAUUAUUUUUUGACCUAUCAUAGAAUUUUAUUCUGGA